AUGCCCGUCGUCAAAGGAGGAGUGUGGACCAACAUCGAGGAUGAGAUCCUCAAGGCUUCCGUCUCCAAGUACGGUCUAAAUCAAUGGGCACGCGUCUCGUCUCUGCUGCCGCGGAAAACCCCCAAACAGUGCAAGGCAAGAUGGAACGAGUGGCUGGACCCAAGCAUCAAGAAGAUCGAAUGGAGCAAGGAAGAGGACGAGAAGCUGCUUCACCUGGCCAAGUUGAUGCCAACACAAUGGCGAACCAUAGCCCCCAUCGUCGGCCGAACUGCGAACCAAUGCCUCGAGCGCUACCAGAAACUCCUCGACGAAGCCGAGCAGCGCGAGUCCACCGGCCUUGGCCUGACUGGUCCCGAAGGAGGCGAGACGCAAGCACCCACUGCCGACGACGUGCGGAGGUUGCGCCCGGGUGAAGUUGACCCAGAUCCCGAGAGCAAACCUGCGAAGCCCGACACCAUCGACCUCGAUGAAGACGAGAAGGAGAUGCUGAGCGAGGCGCGUGCCCGUUUGGCCAACACACAAGGAAAGAAGGCCAAACGGAAGGCUCGCGAGCGUCAACAGGAGGAGUCGCGCCGCCUCGCUGCGCUGCAGAAGAGGCGUGAACUCAAAACUGCCGGUAUCAAUAUCAAGGUCAUCACGCGCAAGCAGGGCCAGAUGGACUACAAUGCCGACAUUCCUUUCGAAAAGGCGCCGGCCCCAGGGUUCUACGAUACCGUCGACGAGCAAACCCUGAACGAACGACAGCGGGCCAACUUCAAUCCCCAAAAACAACACCUUGCCAACAAGCGCAAGGGUGAGCAUGAGGAUGAAGCAGAUAGGAAGAAGCGGAAGAACGACAAGGAUGCCCCCUCGGCUGCUACACAAGCCGCCUUGAAGGCUGGGCAGAUGCAGAAGAUUCGCGAAGCAGAGCAGAGCAGCAAGAGGCGUGCUCUUGUCCUGCCAUCACCACAGGUUAGCGACGGGGAGCUCGAGGAUAUUGUCAAAAUGGGUAUGGUCGGCGAACGCGCAAACCUGCUUGCCCAGGCCAGCGAGAACGACGCGACCAGAGGACUAGUCAACACAUACUCGACACUGAACUCGCAAACGCCCAUCAGAACCCCAAUGGCCCCAGCGCAAGAGGACCGAGUCGCCAAUGAGAUCAAGAACAUCCGAGCUCUUACGGAGAACCAGUCAGCCUUGCUCGGUGGGGAGAAUGCUGACCUCGAACAAGGCUCUGGUUCCACGGGCUUUGAAGGUGCCACGCCGCGUCAGCAGGUGAUGGCAACGCCUAACCCCUUGGCCACGCCCCUGCGGGAUGCCUCGAGCGGUGUUGGUGCUACGCCUAGGAGAGGAGUCGGCCAGACACCCCUGAGAACACCUCGAGAUAGCUUCGCGCUGAAUGCGGGUGAUAACGAGAUGGCUCUUGUCGGUGGUGCUACGAACGACAUGCGUCUUCGGGAGCUAUCAAUAAAGCACCAACUCAAGCAGAGUCUAGCAUCCCUCCCCAAACCGAAAGAAACCGAGUGGGAACUCGAGAUUCCCGAAGACCAGCAAGAAGUUAUCGCCACUCAAGACCUAGAAGAAGAUGCGGAAGUACGAGAUCAACGAGCACGAGCUAUUCGAGAAGCUCAGGAGCAGAUAGAACGAAAGCGACGGACCCAGGUUAUGCAAAGAGACUUGCCACGGCCGGACACUGUCGACAUCGAGACUUUAGUUCAGCAGGCGUCUGCGGUGUCUGACCCAAUAGAAGCUAUGGUCGCCAAAGAAGCUGCUCUUCUUAUCGCCAACGACUCGGUACAAUAUCCCUUGUCUGGUUCUAAGACGAAGGGCAAUCCGGUGCAAUUGCAGCAGAUAGACGAUGCUUCCCUGGCUGAAGCCCGACUGAAGAUCCUCAUGGAAGUCAAGGGCAAGCCCAAAUCAGAGGAAGUCCAGGCUGCUUGGGAUCGGGAGAACAGCAAUGCACUGCUGUUGGGACUGGGCUGCUACGAAGAGGACGAGGAAGAAGAGCAGAUGGCUGCUAUGAAAUCUGCCUUCGACUCAGCUCAAGAAUCGACCAUUGCAACAGCAGACCAGUGCCAGAAGUUGGCGAAGAAGCUGGGUCUGCACUUGGGUGGAUAUCAACAGCGCGCAAAGACGCUUCGUUCGAAAAUGGGGGAGGCCUCCGAAGCUUUGGAGAAAGCCAACUUCGCGCUUGGUGCGUUCAGGACGUUGGCCAUCUCAGAAGAAAUCGCUAUCGUGAGUCGUUUGGAGGCCCUCAGAGAAGAAGUCGGCUAUGUCAGCCGCAGAGAAAGAGAAGCGCAAGAGCUGUAUCGGCAGACGAAGGAGGAGCUUGACGGGCUGGCCGAUGGUGUUAAUGGCUACCACUGA